UCAUACAGUAAUAAUGGGUAGGAGCUCGGGUGGGCUCUAUUCUCUGUCUGUCCUGUUUUUGUUUUGCUUUCUGCUCACCAAGCAUGGUAGCUUAUCUGCAGAAGAGAGUAGUACAUCACAGGACGAGGAGAAUGGUUCAACAUUAAACUGGACACCGGUUACGUCCGGAGCAGCUCAUUUUGGUUUUUCUGACGUUAAAGUGGACAUAACCGAUAUAAGUACAGAAAUGCCUGUACCUGGCGGAAAAUAUAGAUAUACAUUUACUGUGACCAAUACUGGAAGUACAACACGAAAUAUUACUGUUACCACCAAGGUUGACAAUUAUAUGCUGAUAGCAGUGAUUCCAAACCCGACAUUUGCACUCAAUCAAAAACAAUCACAUACUGGAACGAUUACAGUCACAGUAAACCGAAAGGCUAGACCAGGUUUAGAAAGAAGAGUAUUUAUAACAAUAACAGACAACGAGGGACGAACAGAACAUUUUAAACGUUUUAUUGUUGUACGAGAAGAACCUGUUACAAACGAUGCCAACCCACCAGAACUUAUUUUCUUGGAUUUUGUAACCUCUUGUAAAAAAGAACCAAAGAAGCAUACUCGAUGUGGGACCGGUAAUUGGACAGUAUUGUUUAGUGCGCAAGACACAGAAUCUGGUCUAAGCAUUAUAGAUGUAGAUGACCAUACCAUAUCCACUGUAUGGACAGAGGAUUAUUCACAAGGUCAAGUCAUCAGACCAAUUAACGGUAAAAUCAGCACUGACUGUUGCCGAAAAAGGACAGUUAUCAUUGUCACAGACAACAAUGGAAACACAAUUAGGAUACCUAUUUAUUUUCCAUAUUACCGUCCCACCAGCGUUCCAACAGCAAAGAGUCAUCGGCCAAAAUCUAUCAAGAUGACUGCAGUUGUAGUUAGCGGUUUUGGAAUUUGUUUAUUACUCGUUAUUAUUGGUACAGUAACAGCACAGAACUGGAAAAAGGUCGCAUGUAAACGCCGAAACAAAAAAGCCGGGCGAACUAUCCGUAUGGAUGUUACUCCAAAAAUUAGUUUAAUUGUUUGAGAUUUACAUAAACAACUGUAAAUAACUGUGCAAUGGUAUUUCGAAAAUGCUGAUUUGAUUUUUACCAAUAGAUAUUUUUUUUUAAAACAACUUAAAUAACAUUAAAAAUAGACAUAAGUUUGGCAUCGGUGUUAAUAAGUAUUAACUAUAUGCAGAACAAAUGAUAAAUGUGUGAAUAUGUGUACUUUGAACAUUAUUUUUAAUAUUUUGUGUGGAUUAUACAUUAAUGUUUAGAUAAAAUCUUCAAUGCCAAUAAAACUUGCUGAUUUCUUUUUCAGAUCAUUUUUCUAAAAAAAAAAAAAGUAAUAAAUUUCUUCCUUAAACACCGGGUAUAAUGCCACAUGAUAAGGGGUGGCGGCUUCGUCAUAUCCAUCCUCUUAAGGGAUCUCUCAUAUUUCCUGACAUUCAUCACUCGUGAUAAAACUUAACAUAGAAAUGUUUUCUCAGAACUUAAUUCAAAUAACGGGGUGGUCUUAUAUAGAAACUAGUACAAGAUAAAGACAAUUUUCAUGAAUGAUGUUUUCGUCUUUUUUUUCUCAACAGAUAAAAAUAAGAGUCUUCUGAAAUCGAGUAUCAAGCAUGAGUUGUUUCAUAGCCAUCGGUCAUUAACUGCCUGUUCUUUUCAAAUAUGAAGAAAAUAGUAAGUCAGCAAUUAUAGCUCGUCGUUCCUUUUGUUUAUUAACGAAAACGAGAUGUCUUAUUUUUAUUGAAUGAGUUGGACAAAGGAAUAGACAGAUAUGCGAUAAAAAUGGGGUUCUUGGUAUCUUCUCUCUCUAUUACUACUUUUAUAGAAAGUAAAUGUAUUAAGACUUAGAUUAUGGUAAUCGUGUUAUUUUCUGUCAUGUGUUUAGUCUGACACUCAUUUUGCUAUAUCCGUGGUUUUUUUAUUUCUGUUUCAUUAGUUUUCAGUUAUAAAGUCAAGCAGUAUUCUUAUAAUUUAAUUUUCUGUUUUUUAAGGGUUUUUCAUAAAAUAAGGGUUAACACCAUUUUUCUUUUGAUUUUAUUUUUCUAACAACGUUCGAACAAUCAGUAACUAUAAUAAAUAACUUUAAAACAAACAUACAGUAACGAAUCUCUAAGACAUAUUUUUUCUACAUAAUACAAAGAACGGAUAUUUCUACAUUAUAACAUAUUUGUAUAUUUCAUUUUCAGAUCACCUGUGCAUUAUUUUCAUUGUCAAAUUCUUUUUUGCAUGCUCUAAUU